AUGGCCAACAAUGGAAUUGACUAUUUCCGCAUUAAUUGGCGUGUGUGGAAACAAUUGGGAGCUGUCGACCUGAAUGAAAGAAAAUAUGGAAGCUAUCGGUUCUGGAGAGCCUUGCUGUUCAAUUUUAUGGUCACCAUCGUAUAUCCGGUAACCCUUCUCAUGGUUAUGUUCAGCUUCGAACUGCCGCUGGAUAAUCUGAUGAACUUUAACAUUUCCAUCACCUCUGUGGCCACCGUGGUUAAAUUUUUGAUGUACACAAGGCAGUUAAAUAAGGUACUAGAAAUGGAGCAAGUAUUUGCUGAGUUGGACAAACGAGUGGAAUUUGUGAAGGAGCUGGAAAUGCACAAGUCGAUGACCAAAGAGUUGCGCCUUGUAUCAAAAAUGUUUAUAUUGGCCUAUGGAGCUGCAGCCGUAAACGCGGAAAGUUCUUUUCUAUUUCAGGAUAAGCGAACUCUGCCUUUUCCCGCCUGGUUUCCCUUGGACUGGAAAAACUCCAUGCUUUACUACUUGCUGGCUCUGUUCUAG